AUGGCCCUAGUCGUGGCCCCACGUAACAAGGGAGCAGGUCUUCAGUUUCUUGGCCCAUCGCAGCGCAACACAAGCAGCCCAGGUGAGUCAGAGACAGAGAGCCGCUCGGCGUGCUCGCUCCUCGCGUCGUCGCGAGACUCGACCACCACCCCUCCACUUCGCCUCCGCCUCCUGCGCCGACUGGUGGACCGGCCCUCCGCUCCACCUCCGCGCUCCGGGUCCAUGGCCUCGCCGUCGCCCCCUCUGGUCUCUGCGCUCCACGGCGUCAUGGCCGGCGGCUCCUUCCUCAGCUGA